UCUCCAAAAACAGAAACAAUAGGCUCUAUUCUUCUUCACCAUCGCCACUGUCUUCUUCCUUUCAUCUGUUAAACAAGGUGCUGAGAACAAACGAAAAAUGGUGAAGAUUUGUUGCAUUGGAGCUGGGUAUGUUGGUGGACCCACCAUGGCUGUGAUUGCAUUGAAAUGUCCCAAGGUUACAGUAACGGUAGUGGACAUAUCUUCUCAGCGAAUCAAUGCAUGGAACAGCGAUCACCUUCCCAUAUAUGAGCCUGGCCUUGAUGAGGUGGUGAAGGAGUGCAGAGGGAAGAACCUUUUCUUCAGCACUGAUGUGGAGAAACACGUUUCAGAGGCUGAUAUAGUCUUUGUUUCUGUAAACACCCCAACAAAAACUCAUGGCCUUGGAGCUGGCAAAGCAGCUGAUUUGACAUACUGGGAGAGUGCUGCUAGAAUGAUUGCUGAUGUUUCAAAAUCAGACAAAAUUGUGGUGGAAAAAUCAACUGUUCCUGUGAAAACAGCAGAAGCAAUUGAGAGGAUUCUGACUCAUAAUAACAAAGGCAUCAAUUUCACUAUUCUUUCAAACCCAGAAUUUCUUGCUGAAGGCACAGCAAUUCAAGACCUUUUCAAUCCAGAUAGAGUCCUUAUUGGAGGGAGGGAGACCCCAGAUGGGCAAAAAGCCAUAGAAGCUCUGAAAAAUGUGUAUGCUAAUUGGGUACCUGUGGAGAGAAUCCUUUGCACCAAUUUGUGGUCUGCUGAACUCUCAAAGCUUGCUGCCAAUGCUUUUCUGGCACAGAGAAUCUCUUCUGUGAAUGCCAUGUCAGCAUUAUGUGAGGCAACUGGUGCUGAUGUAUCCCAGGUGUCACACUCUGUUGGGACAGACUCAAGGAUUGGACCAAAGUUCUUGAAUGCUAGUGUUGGUUUUGGUGGCUCUUGCUUUCAGAAGGACAUAUUGAACUUGGUGUAUAUCUGUGAGUGUAAUGGCCUUCCUGAGGUGGCAAAUUACUGGAAGCAAGUCAUUAAGGUGAAUGAUUACCAGAAAACAAGGUUUGUGAACAGGGUUGUUUCCUCUAUGUUCAACACAGUUUCAGCUAAAAAGAUUGCUAUUCUGGGUUUUGCUUUCAAGAAGGACACCGGUGACACUAGGGAAACCCCAGCAAUUGAUGUGUGUAAAGGACUUUUGGGAGACAAAGCUAGGUUGAGCAUAUAUGAUCCUCAGGUUACUGAAGACCAAAUCACAAAGGAUCUCUCAAUGAGGAAGUUUGAUAAGGACCACCCUGCUCAUCUUCAACCACCUAGCCCCACAUCUAUAAAGCAAGUAUCUGUGGUUUGGGAUGCUUAUGAGGCAGUGAAAGAUGCACAUGGAAUUUGCAUUAUGACCGAGUGGGAUGAGUUCAAGAAGCUUGAUUACCAAAAGGUUUUUGACAGCAUGCAGAAGCCAGCAUUUGUUUUUGAUGGCCGGAAUAUUGUGGAUGUUAAGAAGCUCAGGGAAAUUGGAUUUAUAGUUUAUUCCAUCGGCAAGCCACUUGAUCCAUGGCUCAAGGACAUGCCUGCAGUGGCUUAA